AUGUCAAGGCCUCCAAUCUUUAUCAAGGAUUUGGUGAAAGGUAAUCAAGUUUGGAAAAUGCACGUACGCGUUGUUGAUCUUUGGGUUGUUAAGGAGAAAAGGGGCCAACAACAUCUCGAGUUGGUCAUACAAGAUGGAAAGGGUGAUCAAAUUCAUGUUGUGACGAGGAACCGAGAUUUCAAGGAGUGGGUUGAGCAACUUAAGGAACAUGACACUUACGCUGUUUAUAAUGGAGAACCGGUGGUUAAUGAUGGCUCAUUCAAAGUUUGUUCCAAUAGCCUUAAACUUGUCUUUAAUGGAGGAACAACAAUUUCAAACAUUGCCAUGCCGAAAAUACCUCCCCAUCAGGUCAAAUUCAAGGCUAUUGGAGACUUUCUCAAUGGACUUUUCCAGAUUGAUAUGUUAUAUGAUGUGAUCGAAAUUUUACAAGAUGUUGUGCAAACUCAAAUGGGUGGUAGUGGAAAGAAAUCAUGCGCCAAUAUUACCUUGCAUGAUGAACCUGGUAAUGUCAUUGAGGUUGCAUUAUGA